AUGGUCCGACAUAAAAAAGACUUCACCUCCAAGGGCAGAAAGGGAGGCCCUACCCCACGUCGAGGACCCCGGCGUGAUGAAGAAGAUGGUUCUGAAUCUUCGCGCCCAGCCUUCAAGGCUGCGUGCUGGGAUCUGGGCCAUUGCGACCCCAAGCGCUGCUCAGGAAAGAAGCUCAUGAAGCUUGGAAUGAUGCGCGAUCUUCACCUCGGCCAACGCCAUAACGGAGUCAUCAUAACACCCAAUGGCAAACAUACCGUUUCCCCUGCCGACCGCGAACUCAUGGAUCAGUACGGCGCUGCUGUCGUGGAAUGCUCUUGGGCGAGAACCCAAGAAGUUCAAUGGAACAAGGUAGGCGGAAAGUGCGAGCGAUUACUGCCUUAUCUCGUCGCAGCCAACACUGUCAACUAUGGCAAACCCUGGCGGCUGAACUGUGUUGAGGCGCUGGCCGCCGCAUUCUAUAUCUGUGGCCACCCAGACUGGGCUGAGCAGAUUCUUGCGCCAUUCUCCUACGGUCCAUCUUUCCUCCAAAUCAACUCCACCUUGCUGAAGAGAUAUGCGGCCUGUGCCGACGAGGCCGAGAUGAAGAAGACGGAGGAGGAGUGGAUGGAACAACUAGAAAGGGAAUACGCUGAGAGCCGAGAGGAAGGAAACGACGAUAUGUGGACUAGUGGAAACACAAAUCGAAGACGCAUGGAGUCCUCGGAUGAUGAUGAUGAUGAAGAUGAUGACGAAGACGAAGACGACAGCGACGAGGAAGAGGGGAGUGUAGAUGGCAUCUAUCUGGGGAAGAAGCCAUCCAAGGCCAACCCAGAAGAGGAUGAAGAAGAAAAGGACCGCUACGCAAUAUCCGAUGAUUCAGACGACGAAGACACAAUGGCCGAGAUCCGUCGCAAAGUUCUUGCCUCAAAGACGUUCGCCAAUCCUAAUGAACAAGAAGACAAGAAGCCUGCCACCAUUCCCAACCCACACCAGCAGCAGCAGCAGUUCAAGCCCAACCCCAGCGUGCAGCCUGAUUCAGACAACGAAAGGAGCGGAAGUGAUGAUGACGACGACGAGUUCGACAACAUCAUCGAGGCUACGCCUGUGACGGAUCGUAUCGGACUGGCCAAGUUGGAAAAGGAGCGUUCUCAAGCAACUAGGACAACAAGAACGUUUUCAACAAACGCGGUCGGAGCGCCUUACAAAAGCUGA